UCUCCUUCCAUCUCGCAAUUUUGUAAAAAGUUUGGGUUUUUCCUCUCUAAUUACAAAGAACUGAUGCCUUCUUAAACAAUCCUGAAAGAAAUACAUCAAAAAAGGCAAAGAGAAGGCUAAAGUUGCCUCCUUUUUCCUAUUCCCUUUUUUUUUUAUUCACUCCUUAACCCCUCUCCUUCCUCCUCCUCCUUGAUUCUGAUUCUCUUCAUCUUCUCCAUUCUCUUUCAGAAGUUCCUCUCAAGAUCUUUGCUUUCUUCUCUUGCUCGUCUCUUAAUCGCACAAAAAUGCUUUUUUUACUUGAUUUUCAAAUUUCUCUGCUUAUUGUUCAGUUGCUGUUCAGGAUUUAAGCUUUCAAUCAUGAAACCUUGAAAAAAAAUCCGUGAUUUCUCCUUACUCCGAUCUGCAAAUCCAAGCUCAGCUCCGUUUUCUAUGGGUCUGUGCCUCUGCAAACCAGACACAAAACAACAAAGCCGAGCAGAAAGCCCCACAGCUCCUAAAUAUGAGGAACCAGAUCCACCAAAUCCAUCUACCCCAAAGCCCUCCAAGUUCCCUUUCUACAGCCCCAGUCCUCUAUGGGGUUCUUACAAAGGCUCGCCGGCGAACUCCAGUGUGAGCUCAACGCCGCUGAGGUUAUUGAAGAGACCCUUUCCUCCACCAUCGCCGGCGAAGCACAUUAAGGCCCUGCUGGCUCGCCGGCAAGCUCCGGCGAAACCUAACCAGAGCUCGAUUCCUGAAGGGAGCGAGGUGGAAUUAGGGCUUGAUAAGAACUUUGGAUUCGCGAAGCAGUUUGUGGUGAAGUUUGAGCUUGGAGAAGAGGUGGGGAGAGGUCAUUUUGGGUUUACUUGUUUGGGGAAGGUGAAGAAAGGGGAGAUGAAGGGGGAGGAGGUAGCCGUUAAGGUCAUCCCAAAGGCCAAGAUGACAACAGCUAUUGCCAUUGAAGAUGUGAGAAGAGAAGUGAGAAUCUUGAGUUCUCUCACCGGACAUAAAAAUCUAGUGCAAUUCUAUGAUGCUUAUGAGGAUGAAGAUAAUGUUUAUGUAGUAAUGGAGUUGUGCAGAGGCGGCGAAUUGUUAGAUAGAAUUCUUUCGAGGGGAGGUAAAUACUCAGAAGAUGAUGCUAAGGUUGUUCUAAUCCAAAUUCUAAAUGUCGUUGCCUUCUGUCAUCUUCAGGGCGUCGUGCAUCGAGAUCUCAAGCCGGAGAACUUUCUCUUUACUUCAAAAGAUGAGAAUGCAACCUUGAAAGCCAUAGAUUUUGGUUUGUCAGACUUUAUUAAACCAGAUGAAAGAUUAAAUGAUAUCGUGGGAAGUGCGUAUUAUGUCGCCCCUGAAGUUCUUCAUAGAUCAUAUGGCACCGAAGCGGAUAUGUGGAGUAUAGGCGUAAUUUCGUAUAUUCUUCUAUGCGGAAGUCGACCGUUUUGGGCUCGAACCGAGUCCGGCAUAUUUCGAGCGGUGUUGAAGGCCGAACCGAGCUUCGACGAAGCUCCGUGGCCGUCAUUGUCUUUUGAAGCCAAAGAUUUUGUGAAGAGGUUAUUGAAUAAGGAUUUCCGUAAAAGAAUGACGGCCGUUCAGGCGCUGAGUCACCCUUGGAUUCAACAGUUUGAAGUGGUUAAAUGCCCAUUGGACAUGUUGGUUUUUAAGCUUGCAAAAGCUUAUGUUUAUUCAUCUCCUUUGAGGAAAUCAGCACUAAGGGCGCUGGCAAAGACUUUGACAGUGUCACAGCUUUCUUAUCUGCGUGAACAAUUUGCUCUGCUUGAGCCCAACAAGAGUGGAUUCAUCUCCUUCCAAAACUUCAAAAUGGCUUUGCUGAAGACCUCAACUGAAGCUAUGAGGGAUUCGAAAGUUCUUGAUUUUGUUAAUAUGGUAAGUUCCAUUCAAUAUAAGAAAUUAGACUUUGAGGAGUUCGUUGCGGCCUCGACCAGUGUUCAUCAACUCGAAGCAUUGGACUGUUGGGAGCAACAUGCUCGUCGCGGAUACGAACUGUUCGAGAAGGACGGAAAUAGGCUUAUAAUGAUCGAGGAACUCGCUUCGGAGCUCGGGCUCGGACCCUCGGUACCGGUCCACGUUGUUCUUCAAGACUGGAUAAGGCAUUCUGAUGGAAAGCUCAGCUUCCUCGGCUUUGUUAAGCUCCUUCAUGGCGUCUCGUCUCGGUCCAUUCCCAAGCUGACCAACUGAUCCGGAUACCUUCCAUCAGACAUUGUUGAAGAUUGAGAACCAGUAGAAAGCAAAUUAUUGAAGGAAUGUACAGAAGAGAGAGAGAGAGAAUAGAGUUAUAGAGAGAGAAGAAAUUUGAAAGAGUUCAUUGAAGGCAUUUUUAUAUGAGAAUUUAGAGGGAUAUUGUUGUUAUUAGGACAUAUUUAUAAAAGAAAUGGGGGGAAAAUGAAGUUUGAUUGAAGAGUUGUUUGUAAAUUGGUGUUUGUUUAAAUUUCAGUUUUCUUCAGGUUCAGGU